GUGUCUGAGCUCACCUCAGCUGAGCAGCGACUCGUAUUUCAAAGCGGAACUUAAGCUGUCUUUGAGCUCGGGGUGUGUUUCUACACGAACAGCUCAUCUCGUUUUUACAAUCGUUACGUAGCGGCGAUGGCAGCACUCCGAACGGCACUCCAUGGACGACUGGUUCAGGCCCUCCCCUUUUCCUUUGGCUCACUGCGGUUCGCAAGCUCCUUUAAGGCAGCAGAUCUCGUCAUCGAACGCAACACAGCAUGCAACCCGAAGCCCGACCCCUCCACCUUGGUGUUUGGCAAACAAUUCUCCGAUCACAUGCUGACCAUCAACUGGUCGGAGUCGGGUGGCUGGGAGGCGCCUCAGAUCAAACCUUUCCAGAACCUGUCGCUGCACCCUGCCAGCUCUGCCCUGCACUACUCCAUAGAGCUGUUUGAAGGCAUGAAGGCGUUCCGUGGAGUGGACAACCACAUCCGUCUGUUCAGACCCAUGAUGAACAUGGAGAGGAUGCAUCGAAGCGCUGACAGAAGCUGCCUUCCCUUGUUUGAAAAAGGUGAACUGCUGGAGUGCAUCAGGAAGCUGGUGGAGAUUGACCAGGAGUGGGUUCCAUACUCCCUGGACGCCAGCCUUUACAUCAGACCCACCUUCAUAGGAACUGAGCCGUCCCUCGGCGUGUCUCGGGCAGGAAAAGCUAUGAUCUUUGUCAUCAUCGGACCGGUGGGACCCUAUUUCGCCACAGGAUCCUUCAACCCUGUUUCUCUGCUGGCGGACCCUUCGUUUGUUAGGGCCUGGCAAGGAGGCGUCGGGGCCUAUAAGAUGGGAGGGAACUACGGCCCUACGAUAGCGGUGCAGAACGAGGCGGUGAAGCGCGGCUGUCAGCAGGUCCUGUGGCUGUACGGAGAGCAGGAGGAGAUCACCGAGGUCGGCACCAUGAACCUCUUCAUCUACUGGAACAACGAGAAAGGAGAGAGAGAGCUGGUGACGCCUCCUCUGGAUGGAAUCAUCCUCCCAGGAGUCACCAGACAGUCUCUGCUGGACCUGGCCAGAGACUGGGGUGAGUUUAAGGUGACAGAGCGCAACAUGGGCAUGAAGGAGCUGCUGGGGGCUCUGGAUGCCGGCAGGAUCCUGGAGGUGUUCGGAGCAGGGACGGCCUGUGUCGUCUGUCCUGUCGGCAGCCUCCUCUACAGAGGACAGACAUACCAGAUCCCGACGAUGCAGAACGGUCCGGACUUGGCAAAGAGGUUCCACAAAGAGCUUACUGAUAUUCAGUACGGACGCAAAUCAAGUAAAUGGGCACCGCUGGUUGUUUAAACAGCCUCAUUGCACAUGCCAGUUGUAUCAACAGUUAGUUCCAUAAUUCCAGUUUGGAUGACCAGCAGCCCCCCUGGACCUCCACCUCCAAACCCACUAAUGCACUCCAGCUUACUCACCAAGGACUCUCCAUAGGAACACGGUUGGUGGUUGAAUGUAACAGCUUGCUUUCUACAGCAACAUUAACAGCAAUAUGCAAUGUUCUGACCUGACACGGCCCUUAAUCUUAAGGACAAAGUAAGAAAAACAGCUGGAUGUAAAAGCAGCCAGAUGAUAAAAGUUCUCAAAACACAAAGACGACAUGUGCCUGGUGGUGAUAUCUGUUAGACUAGCAUGAGUGCAUUCACAGCUCAGUUUGCUUUAAGGCUGCACUCCAUCCAAGUGUUUAUACUCACUUGAUUAGUUACCUGUGAGGAAAGUGCUUGUAGCUAAUAGCACAAGCAUUCACUUGCAUCAACACUGCAAUCUGGUAUUAAGAAAAAAAAGGCACAAACUGACAUAUUUUAGACAUAGGAGGUAAAAUAUUUGCAAUACUAAAGCAGAUACUGUGUGUAGGACGUAAUAUUAGACGUAUCCUGUAAGUACUGUUUCUUAUCAACAAACGUAUUAAGAUGUAUUUCACAAGAGGAAAAAAAAUGUAUGUUAACAAUAACCUGUGGUGUUUUCUCCGAAUCUGUUACCUGUGAGUGGAACCUGUUCUGUUACUGUCGUGUACAUAAUGAUCUGAGAGUACUGCCGUCGUCUUCGUGGGGCCAUGUCACUUUGACACCAGAGUUUGCACUGACCUUGUUUAGGUAUCAGGUAUGAAUCUGAGCGUGACUCAGCUUUUAGGGAGGAAACAAGAACGGUUUUUAUGUUUGUUGGUUUUAUUUGUUUGGAGAACGACUGCACAAAAACUAAAGGUUGAGAUUUAAGAGACGAGGUCUACGUGAGCUUUUAGCACAAAUGGCUGGACGGAAGGCCUGCACGCUGAGGAAGAGGAGGACUGCUGGAUGCUGGCGGUCACUCCUGCACUAGUUUGUGUGUUAUCAUUAUGAAAGCAAUGUAUCGUAACAAAUAGCUUGUGCUGUUUUAGAGGAUUUUUUUUUCCUUGUUUUGAUGUGAAAUUUGGCCGAUUUGUCUUCCAAAAUGUUUUGAGUGUAUAUUUGGAUUUUUACACACCUGCUGUUCACCUGUCUCUAAGUGCCUGACCUCAGUCUGUUUGCCUGUUUCGUGGAUCCUCAGCUGCUCUUUUGGUUUUCCAGUUAGUGCACUAGGAGAUAUAGCUGGAUUCUUUGAGUAAUGUCAGGUUUUUUUUUUUGUUUGUUUUUUAAAUGUGCUGUUACUUUUACUCUGAUGUUUUUACAAUAAAUCUGAUCUGAGUUCA